AUGGCCGCCCUCCGCAACAUUCGCUCACGACAAGAGGUAAACAAGUUUUGCUCCAUUGGAUCCGACUUGCUAAGCGGUCCUCCUUGCCUCUCCUUUAAGAGGUGGGAGGCAGCACUCGAGACGCUGGAAAAGGCCAAGCAUGACACUGCCAUCUUGCCUACUGUGGCAUCCUUGUCGGUUCAUUCCGCGUGUGAGUCUGUGCGCCACUACCACAAUAUUUACUAUAAAUGUGUGCAACUGACGGUGAUUCCUCUUAGUCGUUGGCGACAGUGGCGUGAAGGGCUGUGCUUUUUCAUGGGUGAUUCAUCCAGUGCCGAGGCAGGACCCCUCGCCACGCUGUGUCGUCAAUUGUUUGUAUCGCAACAAGAAUGCUACGCUGUCGCUUUCUGGGGAUGCUGGCGAAGUGUUGGCGCCCGCCUGGAGUCGCAUCUGGCGUCUCUCGCCGCCGACACGGCAUCCGAGGUGGAUGACGGUGUAAGUGGUGUGUAUGGCAGUGGGGGGCCCUUGUUGGAGGAGGAGGAAAAAGGCAGCACCGAGGACGUUGAUUUGUCCCUCGUUCGUCUCAGACGCCGCUGCUUCUCUGCACUUUACGAAUUCCAACGUCUUGCUCACGACGCCGCACACCUCUUUGACUCUUACGCAAUGGUUGGUAGAAGCGAACGUCAGUGGCUUACCGACACCUUCCUGCUGGAGCAGGAUGAAAAGGCAGCGGAGGCUCUUGUGCGACGCAGUUUCAAACGAGAUUUUGGCGUUCCUUCGAUUGAUCUCGAGGGCGGAGGGCUCCUUGACGAGUACCACUCCUUUGAGGUAAACGAAGGGAAGACAAGAACGCUGGAGAAGAAGGCUCAGGAUACACUCAAAGGGGUGUGGUGUCGCAAAGCUCUUGAUUUGUUUGAGUACGAGAUGAAGCGACACAGGGGGGGAACAUCGGACGCAGACCUCUACGAUGCUGCCGGAAACAAGUUAUGUGACCUUCUUUUCCGAUGCCUGCACGAAAAAGAGGGUAGACCGGAUUUGGCUUUUGCCCUCACAAUGCGCCGCAUAUUGGAUAAUGAGCCUUUUCCCGCGACGGUGGAUCUUGCACGUGUAGGAGUUGCCCUUCGUCUGUUUCUUCAAUGGUUUGAAAAAUACACGCAUAGGCGGCAACAGGGCGAUAUUCCGCUCUUCCUCGAUCCAGACCUUUGGACUUUUGUGCUGGAGCGGCAUACCGAACUCCUGAAGUGGGUGUUGUUUCAUUAUUGCCAUGAUGAAACCGCAGCGGAUGUGAUGAGUGCCUUGAAGGCUGUAAAGGCAGUGUGCUUCUCUGUUCAGCAAUGCCUUGGGGUGUAUCUUACUGCGGUUGCCUCACGGCGUUUGUCUAGUGAUGUAAAACAACAGUUGGAGGGGGAAGCAAAAAAAAAAGUGUGUGAUUGGGUGCAAUAUACCGCCGUGAACACCUUCCUUAGCGGCAUUCAACACCUCUGCUGUGAGGCAGCCGCAGGGACAACUGCAGCGACUGCUAGUACUCCUAUGUGUGCCCUCACCCCAGCUCUUCUUGCAGUACAGACUGAUGUUUCAAAGGUACAGUUGUUGCUUCUUUGCGAUGCGGUAUCAUUUGCGAUGGAUGCAAGACGAAUAUUGCUUCCUGCACUGGAGAGAGGCUUUACGCAGAUGCAUCAGCUUGCUGGGGACACCAACACCGCCAUCUUGUCGCAUUGGACAAUGUGUAUGCUCAGCCUGCUGAGUUGUCUUUGCCGUUCACUGUGCCGUUUAAAAGACGGUACUGUGACCGCGGAGGAUUUGGUUCUUGCGCUACAUUCGCACUAUCGAGAAUUGCGGCGGCUGUCGCCAGCCUUUAUGGCUGACCUUGUAACGGAUGCGUGGAUUGAUUUCCUUUUGGGUGAGGGAAGAGGUGCACUUGGCACUCGCCACGUGGGACUUGUUGACCUGGAACAAGGGUGCCAUGCCCACUGUAAUUGUCAUUGUACUGUGGAAGGAACUGGAAAGAAAGCGGGGCAAAAACGGUCACACGGCGAGUAA